UGAUGGAGAUAUCAAUCACCUUUGGAAAUUCCCACAGAAUUAUCGAGACCACCCUUUGAACCGUAUCAAUGAUAAAUUCCAGGGUCCCAAUUCCGCGUGCCAGCACAAUACCAGCUCCAUAAUUCCACAAGUCUUUCCUUUUGCCUAUUUUUCUUUCUUUUAGCCGUGGCCGAAGCGAAGACUCAGGGUUCUUUGAGAGGAGAGAUCACAGCGGAAGAAAAAAGAGUUCUUGGACUGAAAAAUGGAGUGCUGGAGGCUUCGAACGGAGUCCUUCUUGCUGUGGCUCGCUCUGUUGCAUCAAAGAUUGGAGAUUUCCGUUUCCAUCAAUCCUGAGGGAAGGGAUCUUUUGAGGUUUAAAGAGAGGGUAGAGGUCGAUCCCUACGGCGCUCUUUCGAAUUGGAAAGAAGGCGAUGUUGAUCCGUGCUCUUGGUUCGGGGUCGUCUGCUCGGAUGAUGGAAGAGUCGUGGCUCUGAACCUGAAAGAUCUUUGUCUUAAGGGGAAACUUGGGCCUGUGCUUGGGAAGUUUAUCCACAUGAAGUCGCUCAAUUUAUACAACAAUUCCUUUUCUGGAAUCAUCCCUAGAGAAAUUGGUGAAUUGCAGAAGCUGGAGAUAUUGAACUUGGGACACAAUGAUCUUGGUGAACCACUUCCACCUGAGCUUGGAAGCAUAUCAUCGUUACAGAUCCUCGUACUCAGAAACAACAAAUUUGUUGGUGACACAUUGCCUGAAAUGCAUCAGCUGAACAUUAUCUCUGGGAUUCAGGUUGAUGAAGAACUGUUAUCAUCAAGCCACAAACAGGUUACAAGGAAUGUUGAAAAUGCAACCAUACGGAGACUUCUGCGAGAAGAUUAUGGUAGUCAUAAAAAGCCUAAUAAAACAGACCAUAUACGAGAUACUGCAUCACGACAACCACGAUCACUGGGACCAUAUCCACGAGCAACAGUAGUUCCACCAUCCCCACCACCACCACAUAAAGCUCCUUCCCCUGCUCCAGAUUCCUCUCCUACCCAGCCUUCAUCCUUGAAAUUAGCAACAACCCGUGGAAAGCAUGUGACUUGGAUAAUACUUGGGUCAAUUGGAGGAGCAUCUUUUCUGCUGGUUUUAUCUGCCGUAUGCUUGCUUUGUUACCGAGCCAACAAGGUUGUCACUGUCAUGCCCUGGAGAACAGGUCUAAGUGGGCAAUUGCAGAAAGCAUUUGUGACAGGCGUACCUUCACUCAGACGCUCGGAACUUGAAAUAGCUUGUGAAGAUUUCAGCAAUAUCGUUGGCUCUUGGUCAGAUUGCACAUUGUACAAGGGAAAACUGUCCAGUGGGAUCGAAAUAGCAGUGACAUCUACAAUGGUUACAUCAGCCAAGGAUUGGUUACAAUAUGAAGCUCACUUCAGAAAGAAGAUGUCAUUGCUGUCCAAAAUAAACCAUAAGAAUUUUAUGAACCUUCUUGGCUAUUGUGAGGAAGAAGAGCCUUUCACCAGGAUGUUGGUGUUCGAAUAUGCUCCAAAUGGAACGCUUUUUGAGCAUUUGCACAUUAAAGAAGCCGAGCAACUGGAUUGGGCACCACGUCUGAGGAUAGCCAUGGGAAUAGUGUACUGUUUAGAGUACAUGCACCAGCUUAACCCUCCUGUAGUUCUUAGAAAUUUGAACUCAUCAUCUAUAUAUCUGACUGAAGAUUAUGCGGCCAAGAUUUCGGAACUCGGGUUCUCUGAUCAGGAAAAAGAACAUGAGUCAGUAUCUGUUGGCUCAGAUCAAGAAAGCAUUGUUUAUAAGUUUGGGAUAAUACUGCUGGAAAUAAUUUCUGGGAGGCUUCCAUUCUCCAAGGAUGAUGGCUUGCUUGUGCUCUGGGCUUCAGGUUAUCUUACUGGGAAAAGACCCCUUAAGGACAUGGUUGAUCCAACCCUUCGAUCAGUCCAUGAGGAAGAUAUCGGUGCACUGUGUGAGGUGAUACGGUCCUGCAUAAAUCCAGAGCCGAAGGAGAGACCAACAAUGGCGGAGGUUGCCAGCCGGAUGAGACUAAUUACAGCAAUGCCACCAGAUGAAGCAACUCCAAAACUAUCCCCAUUGUGGUGGGCUGCGCUCGAAGUUGUACGUUCAUAGGCUAGCUAGAGAAGAAGUAGAUGAUAGUUAAUCAGAAUUUCCUUUUUGUUUUCUUAUUAUAUCAUCUUAGUUUUUUAUACCUCGGCAUCAGCUGCUUGUAUAUAAUCCUUGGAUUUGAUUAAAGAUGUACAGUCGAGAUAGCAAUCAGCUUUGGUUUGUUCUGCUUUAUGAGAUAUGCAGAAAGCUCAGAAAUCGUAUAAUAUAUGGAGACCUUCUAUGAAGAAAUUAUAAAAAUAUAUGAAGCAUUGGUAUGUGUUUAGCUUC